CCUAAAAACCAUCAAAAAUUUCCUCUUUGUCCACUGAAAUACGACAGUUUCGCUACAGAAACUUUUCAACCGCCCUGGUAGAUCGGGAAAGUCAGACGAGGACAGCCCGGUUUCUAUAGCAACCGCCAUACUUGCCUCGCUCCUUUGCACAGCGGCAUGCCGAUUGAGCCGAGCUGAAUUUGGCUAUUUGUGCUACAGGGGGCGACCAAGAAUGUUCGUCUUGACUGUUUUGUUGAUAACUACUCAAAAAAUGAGCCCACGCUUGGAUGCUUCCAGACUAUUAGUUAGAGUGGUGUGUAAUAGUCAAAACGACCUUAUUUUGGAUAUUUCGGUAUAUGUGCUGUCAAAAUCGGGAUUGAAAAUGAGUGACGGGUCGAAAUACCCAAACGUUCCUUCCUGGCAAAAAUAUUCCCCAAUCUGAAUGCCCUAUAGGAGUGUCAGGGGCGUCGACAGAGGGGUGCAGGAUGAACAAGAACUGAAGAAAAUCAAAUGGGAGGAGAAGAGGAAGCGCAGGGAGAAAACGCAGAAAUGGUGUGUCAUGAUCGGGCUGACUCUCAUCGAAUUUGUGAGUUGGGUUUUCCCUGUUGGGGAACCUUAUCAUAACGCCCUUUUCCAGGUGCUAUGUUUGGUAUGCUUUGGCCUUGGCUACUACUACUACUACACCGCGGAAAUAUACAGAAACAGUCUUGGAAGAAAUUAUGUAAAGUCUAUUAGAUCCCUCCUGGAACGCCCGGCGCCUCUGGCCAUAUCCAGCGUAUUUUUGACGCUAACAUACGUGGACCUCAUCUCCUGGCACAGCCUAAGGCCUGUGACAUAUUUCGCAUGGAUCAUGGUCGCCUCAGCCGGCUUUCUGAUGUUCCUGCUCUAUGCUGGAUGCAUCGUUUUAACCAGCGACGCCCUCCAUUCUUAUAUCGCCAUUGUUUUUGGAUGCAUAACCGCUUUGGUCUUUUUAGCCGAUCUCAUAUGCAUGUUGAUGUCGCUGAAGCGAUUCCCUGUCCCCCAUUGGGUGCUCAAACGCAAGUAUGAGAAGCUCGAUCAAUGUGUGUGCACUGGCGACUACGAUCCAGAGGAGGAGGAAGUUGAGCGGCCCAUUUGUCGAUGUGGAGACCAUUGGGGUGAGCCUUGCACGUGCGACGAUCCCGACCUGACUUGUGGAUGCAGCCUCGACAAGGCUGGUAAGCCGCCAUGUGAAUGCUGCGAGUGCGCAGCACAAGUCUUAGUUGCGGACGAUGAUGGGGCAACAAUUUACGGUUCCGUUUAUGACGGACGUUCGAUAGUCUCCACUAUGACUGGUUGCGACGAGUUGGAAGAACGAAGAAAAACCACCUUUUCGCAGGCUUCGCUCCCGAUGGAGCAAAUUUGCUCCCAAUUCACUCCGGGCAGAUAUUGCGUGGAUGGGCCCUUGGGCAGAUCAACCUUUGCAGUUUCAGACCCGUGCUCAGGGCUAGAGGCGAUUUCAACAGCGCGCAAAUCUGCAGGAAUGUCUGCGCCUAGGAAAUCAACAAUGGCGCCCAACAGAGUAUCGACUGCAUCCACUGCAGUAGAACCAAUGGCAGCAUCGAGCAGAUUUCACCAAAUGUCUGCGGCCAGUAGGACAGGAACGAUCGCCAGCAGGAGCCGAAUUCUGGCUCCUUCGGGAUCGCGGGGAAUUGGCAGUCCGUCGAUGACGCAGGCAGCAAAGCACGGGGGUCUUCAUGGGACUUUGACCGAAACGAUUGGGGCGCCGUCGAUGGGCUUAGCCAGCAGAGUGGCCAUCAACAAGCCCUUGCCCAAAUCCAAGUCCCAGAUGGUUUAUUCUGUGUAUACAACCACGGUGGAUGAUCAGGAAGCCAUGCAUGAGUCUAUUGCUUCCAAGUAUUACAAGAUUAAGCAUUGUGCGCACAAGGCCGCACCAGCGAGUUGGAGUAGGGAUGGGGAAGCUGUGGAGGAAAGCUGGUCUUCGACGGAUGAAGAAAUCGGCGCUGAGGGCGAUAAUCCGACGAGAAAGCUGCCUGCAAACGCUCGGGGAUAUUCGGGAAAAUGCCGGAGGAGGCCUGAUAAGGGCAAGCGGCUGAGAUUCAGCUCCUGCACAGCCACAGAGAGAGUUGUUGAUCCAAACCUCCACCUCCAAAUGGGGUACAUGUCGGAUCCGGAACUGGCCCAGGGCCCCAGCAGGAUUUACACGCUUCCAGGCCAAGUUUCCAGCGUGGACGACACUGAUGCCUCCAAGAUCUGCAGCGCGAGAAAAAACGCCAGCGUAUCAGCCAGAGAGAGAUGCACCAGAAGAACCAAAUCGCCCAACACUUUUCGGGUAGUUUCGGAAUAUCGCCCUCGAACCACCGUUGAAGCUCUAGCACGGCCAAGAAUAAUUAGGAACGUUUCCACCACGGUGCGGGCUGUGAGGACUUUGAGCAGAGUGGUGGAAGCCGAUAAUGAGUCCCGAUCGGUGUCCCAGUCGGAUCAUAGAGGAAGCGACCAAUAUCCAAGCGAGUGCACCAUCACAAUCAACAAGGUGGAGUUCGCAGGAAAAUUGAGCAGAAAAGGUCCUUUAUGUGGUCAAUUUCAGAGCUAAAGCUGCUUGGGGAGCCCCCAUGAAAAAUUCAACUCAUGCCUCUCGAGUGCACAGUUAUAUUUGUUCAACGGACUUUACCGCAUAAGUUCAGAAUUUAAUUUCACUUCUCCUACUCUGGACGUUAUUGUAGAGGGAAAAAUAAUACAAUGUUUGAUCACCA